CCUCCCCAAUUUGUUUCUCCGCCUGCACACCACGUCGCAUCGCAGCGAGUAGUCCUUCAAAACAGCAUGUCGGUCAUUCUGUGUACCGCUGGUUACGACCACACCAUACGCUUUUGGGAGGCUCUCUCCGGUAUCUGCAGUCGUACCAUCCCACACCCGGAUUCGCAGGUGAAUCGUCUCUGCAUCUCUCCCGACAAACGCUUCCUCGCCGCCGCAGGCCACCAUACUGUUAAGCUUUACGAGAUCAAGUCUACGAACCCUAAUCCCGUUCUUACCUUCGAGGGACACACUUCCAACAUUACGGGUGUCGCAUUCCACUGCGAGGGCAAAUGGAUGGUGACGUCGUCUGAGGACGGCACGGUCAAGAUCUGGGACACACGCACGGGCAGCAUUCAACGAAACUACUCGCACGGGGUUCCUGUCAACGACGUGGUGAUUCACCCGAACCAGGGAGAGCUCAUCAGCUGCGACCGAGGAGGCAAUGUGCGGAUCUGGGAUCUUGGCGAGAAUAAAUGCACGCAUCAAUUGAUCCCCGAGCAAGAGGUCAGCGUAGCUAGCGUCACGGUCGCAAGCGAUGGCAGCAUGCUCUGCGCUGGAAACAACUCGGGCAAUGUCUACGUUUGGCGCCUCAUCCAGCGCAUGGAAGUCACCUCUCUAGUCCCCGUCUGCAAAUUCGUCGCCCACAACACCUACAUCACCCGCGUGCUGCUCUCCCCAGACGUCCGACAUCUAGCGACCUGCUCGGCCGAUCACACCGCGCGCAUCUGGUCCAUCGACACGUCGAUUCCACACAACGUCGCCGCUGCAGAAAACCUGCUUGAGCCCAAAGAACGGGACCCUAAUGCUUUCCCGCUCGAGACGACGCUCAACGGCCACCAGCGCUGGGUCUGGGAUUGCGCCUUCAGCGCCGACUCGGCAUAUCUGGUUACCGCGUGCUCCGAUCACUAUGCUAGGCUGUGGGAGCUGAAUAGCCAGAGUAUCAUAAGGCAAUAUAACGGGCAUCAUAGGGGCGCAGUUUGUGUGGCGUUGAAUGAUACCGCGGUUGGGAAUUGA